AUUUUUAUGAUGUGUUGUUUUAUAAAAGAAGCUGUGAAUAAUGUGUGAAAGAUUUCCAUGUAAAAUUGUGUGCUAAAAUAGUUAAGGAAUUUAACUAUUUUGAUCAAUUUUUGGCAUUUCUCUCAGGUUUUGAAACAUUUUUCUUGUUUGGUCGAUAAUGGCCAUCCGGUGGAUACGAAUAUAUGUUUCCGCUAUACAAAUUUUCUGCGUUUUGAUAAAUACUGACGUGUUUGUGAGUUCCGUGUGCCUUGAGGAUAUUUUUUCGUUCAUCAGAAGCAGUAAAGCUUGUGCGUUUAGAAAGGCUGAUUUUGACAACAUAUCCAAUGACGAAACAAAAGGAUGCCAGAUUGGCUGUUCAAUACUUUCAACUGUUCCACUGUAUUCUAAAAUGAAUAAUAAAAAUGUAUCUAAAAUGUCGGGGAUAAAUCUUUCUCUAUUGUCGUUUCAAUAUACAACCUGGUGGCCAACAUAUUGUAACGAUAUGACGGGAUUAACCAUAAAUAUUGGUUGCGGAGGAAAAUUCAUAAGUAAUCGUGGAAUUAGAGAAAGCUGUGUUAGCGAUACUCAGUGUGAAAAUGGUACUACCAAUUCCAUGUGUAAUGAGACGAGCGAGGUUUGUGAGUGUAAAAAAGGAUGCCUGUUUUUGUGGGAGUCUAACACCUGUUCCCCAAUCAAAAGAGAAACAGAACAAACCAAAAGCUCUCAGACUGGUACGGUUAUGGGUGUUGGAGUUGCCGGUCUUGUGCUAGGAGUCGUUGUUUGUGGAAUACUUUAUUUCAUAUUGAUUCACUACAGAAAGAAAUAUCAAACAAGACGUAACAAAGAAAUUCGAGAGGAAGCAUUUGCCCGGGUAUCUUGUUCUUAUAGACAGGGAAACGAUGAUAUGGAAGGACUUGGUGUUUACAACUAUAUACAUUGUGAACCAGUCAACAGUCAUGUACAAUCAGACUAUGAUCACGUCCCACAACAUGGCGUGGGUGAUGACUAUAGUCAUAUGAAUUCAUGCAAUGCAAACCAAGUAUUUAGUUCAGGAGAAUACGGGGUGAUCAGCUGACAGAAGAGAAGUGACACCUCUUUUGAUUUAUUUUUCAUCAUUAUUUAAAUCUAAGUACAUCUGAAUGCUUGAAAUUGUAAAAUGACGCUUAGAUUUAGUUUUAAUGUAAUAUACAUAUGUAUACCUUAUUGAGCAAUCGAGAUACUUGUUACAUGCAAUAAAAAAUAAUGGUAUUUUGUGAUUUGCUGUAAGGAAAUGCUUUGCUUUUUUUACGGGAAUGUUAUAUUAUGUUGAACAAUUUACGUUUUGUAAGGGACUAAGAUAAAGAGAUAAUUAUGUAUUCGUUUUAAUAUACCAAUUUGUAAUUCUUAAUUAUAUGAUUUUGCACAGAACUGCGUGGUUUGGUAACAAAGAAAAAUCAUCGAAUUGUAAAAGUAAAUCCCUAAAAAAACAACGAGCUGGAACAAGGAUACUAUUUACUAAGUGUUUUUUUUUCUUCAGAUGUGUUUAGUGGCAAACAUUGUUGUGGAAGACUUUCGUAUGUUUUAACAUGCAUUUUAUCAGUUUUCUGUACUACAUUACUUCAUUGAAAUGAUUUUAUAAGGAAUAAGGAAUCAUUCUUUGAGAACUAGAGGUGAUUAUUUUGGUCGGGGCAUGAUCAAAUCCAAUAAAGCCCGAAGGACUUUAUGAUAGAUUUCAUCACGCCCCGACCGAAAUUAAUACCUCAUAAUAUUCAAAGAAUAAUUUCUCAUUACUUAUAUUUAUAUAAUUUUAAGCAUUUGUACGAUUAAAUAUUUAAAUAUAAAUAAGCAAACCACACUAGCGCCUUAAUUUGGCGUCAUUUGUAUUAUGGGAUAUAUAGUACAAAAUCGACACAUAGUGUUAUCACAGGCAAAGACACUGGAAAACGUAAAUAUCUAAAAAUAAACGUAGG